GUUUUACAGCAGCUGGAGGCACCUCGGUUGGGACACUGAAGUACACGGUGACAGGAGAGCAGGCACAUUUCUUCACCUCAUGUCCGCCUCUGUCCAGCCUGCUGCGGCUGAUAGCAGGGAACAAUAGCCUCCUCACCUGGCCAUUAGAGAGCAGCCUCCCGGGGCGCCCCCUGUGCUGAAGUACAGCUGGGGGAGUGUCGGGGCUGGGCACACUGGCAGCCGCUUUGUUUUCCUGCGCUGACAGCAGCACGAGAUGGCUGCGGGGACACGGACUGCCGUCUAGGAGUAUGGUGCUGGGGGCCCGGGGCCGGUCCUGCCCGAGGGGCCACACUAUGAGGAUUGUUAUGGGCUGCGCUUCGUGCUGUGGCUGCUCCAGGGUGGCAGGGGCACUGCUGCUGGCAUUGGCGCUUCUGCUCUGCUCCCUGCACGGAGGACGCGGCCAGGAGCUCGGGGGAAGCGGCACCGGAUUCAGCCUGCACCCCCCGUCCUUCAACCUGGCUGAGGGAGCCCGGAUCACGGCGACAGCGACCUGCGGAGAGGAGGAGAGCCGGGCAGGGGGCACCCAGCCCAGGGUGGACCUGUACUGUAAGCUGGUAGGAGGACCCGUCACAUCCUCCACCCAGGGGCACACCAUCCAGGGUCAGUCUUGUGAUUUCUGCGACUCUUCUGAUCCCAAUAAAGCACAUCCAGCUUCCAAUGCCAUUGAUGGCACAGAACGAUGGUGGCAAAGUCCCCCGUUAUCCCUGGGCCUAAAAUACAAUGAAGUCAAUGUCACUAUUGACCUCGGACAGGUUUUUCAUGUUGCUUAUGUCCUGAUCAAAUUUGCAAACUCUCCCCGGCCUGAUCUUUGGGUACUUGAGCGAUCAGUUGACUUUGGAAGCAGUUUCACCCCUUGGCAGUAUUUUGCUAAUUCAAAACAUGACUGCUUACAUCAUUUUGGAAAGGACGCAAAGCAGCCCAUUACUAGAGACGAUGAUGUUAUUUGCACAACAGAGUACUCACGCAUCGUUCCUCUUGAAAAUGGAGAGGUGGUCGUGAGGUUGGUAAGUGGACGGCCUGGUGCUAAGCAUUUUACGGACUCACCUAUACUAAGAGAUUUUACAAAGGCUACCAACAUACGACUGCGUUUCCUCAGGACAAACACCCUUCUUGGUCAUUUGAUAUCUAAAGCAGAAAAUGAUCAGACUGUAACACGGAGGUAUUACUAUAGUAUUAAGGAUAUAAGUAUUGGAGGACGCUGUGUAUGCCAUGGUCAUGCCAAUGUUUGCAAUGUACGGAGUUUUGGCAACCAGAACCUGUAUCAGUGUACCUGCCAACACAACACAUGUGGGGAAAUAUGUGACCGCUGCUGCCCGGGUUAUAAUCAGAAGCCCUGGCGUCCUGCCAGUAUUGACGCUGCCAAUCAAUGUGAACCUUGCAAUUGCCAUGGACAUGCAUCCGAUUGCUAUUAUGAUAGCGAUGUCGACAAUCGACAGGCAAGUCUAGACAUUUAUGGACAAUACAGCGGUGGAGGAGUCUGUAUUAACUGCCAGCAUAACACAGCAGGUAUAAAUUGUGAGAAGUGUGCUGUAGGAUAUUAUAGGCCUUAUGGAGUCCCUAAAGAAGCUCCACAUGGCUGCAUACCUUGCAGCUGUAACCUUGAACAUUCAAAUGGAUGUGAGGAAGAGUCAGGAAGGUGUUACUGCAAGCCCAACUUCAGUGGAAACAGCUGUGAGAGGUGUGCAGAAGGCUACUAUGGUUACCCAGUCUGUCUGCGAAUUCCUUUUUAUCCUGUUCCUACCACAUCAUGGAUUCCUGUGAAACCGACAGCUGGAAAUAUAAAAGGUUGCAGUUGUACAGGAGCUGGAGCAUUGAGUCAAAAUUGUGAUACAUUGACUGGACAGUGUCCUUGUCGUGUAGGAUACCGAGGAACAGCUUGUGAUAAAUGUUCUCCUGGAUACUUCCAUUACCCAUUCUGUCAAGGGUGUGAUUGCAAUCCUGGUGGCGUGCUCCCUGGGGUAUGCAGUCCUACAGGAAGGUGCCUAUGCAAGCUCAGAGUUGAGGGGGCACGUUGUGACCAGUGCCGGCCAGGCUACCAUUCAUUUCCAAGCUGCAAAGAAUGUGACUGCGAUAUGAAUGGUGCCACAGACCCUUCAUGUGGACUUAAUGGAGAAUGCCUUUGUCGCCCUAACUUUUCCGGACAUACAUGUAAUGAAUGUGCACCAAAUUUUUACAACUAUCCCAUCUGUGAGGCUUGUCAGUGUUCUCCUCAAGGCUCUUAUCAGAGCACAUGUGACCCUAUUACUGGACAGUGUGAGUGUCGACAAGGGGUAACUGGGCAGAGGUGUGACAGGUGCUCAACUGGAUUAGACAACUACCCAAAUUGCCAAGAUGUUAAUGGAGAGUGCGAUCCUGCAGGGACCCUUUCCUCACAAGCAGGCUUCUGCCAUUGCCUAUCAAAAGUGGAGGGUAUAACCUGUAACCACUGCAAACCAUUAUUUUGGAAUUUAGAUGAAGACAAUCCUCAAGGUUGCAUUGGCUGUGCUUGUGAUGUUGAUGGAACAAUAAGCGGAAUAGGGGAAUGUCAUCAGACUGAAGGAGAUUGUCAUUGUAAGCCAAACACUUGCAGCACAUCGUGUGGAACUUGUGAAGAAGGUUAUUUCUACUUAGAUGGCAAGAACUAUUUUGGAUGUAAAGGUUGUCAGUGCGAUGUUGGGGGAUCUGUCAGUCAUCGCUGUGAUGAGUCUACAGGAAAUUGUAUUUGCAGAAGUAAUAUUGAAGGCCAAAACUGUAACCAGCCUAAAGAAAACUACUACUUCCCUGAUCUCCAUCAGAUGAAAUUUGAAAUUGAGGACGGCACCACAGUUAAUGGGAGGGCUGUUCGCUUUGGAUAUGAUCCUCAAGUGUUUCCAGGAUUCAGCUGGCGGGGAUAUGCCCAGAUGUCUUCAAUACAAAAUGAAGUCAGGGUACCAGUCCAUGUGGGCAAAUCCAAUCUAAACUUAUUUCGUAUUAUAUUAAGAUACAUUAAUCCUGGAGUAAAUUCAAUAACUGGACGCAUUACAGCACAAAGAUCUCGCUCAAGCAAAGGUUCAUUAGAUGUCAAAGACAUUGUGUUCCCUCCAAGCAUGGAGCCAACAUUUCUUACCGUACCAGGAAAAAGCUUUGCAGAGCCUUUCUCUUUGGUGCCUGGAAACUGGAUAAUUACAAUAUCUGUAGAAGGAGUACUUUUGGAUUACCUUGUGCUGCUGCCAAGUGAUUACUAUGAAGCCUCCAUUCUACAGUUGAGAGUUACAGAUCCAUGUGACUAUAAUGGACCAAUUGGGGCAAACUGCUUAGUUUUUCAGCACUUGCCCAUGGAAAAGUUUACCUGCCUGCAUGGUACUGAAAUGGAGUAUUUUAAACAGGAUGGAGAAAACCGUCCUAUAAUUGUUCGACAACCAGGUCAUGGACAUCCUCUAAUGGCAGCGAUUUCUGGGAGACAGGUAGAGUUACACUUUAGCAUGAAGGUCGCUCGGGCCGGACUUUACGCCCUUAUUUUUGAAUAUGCCAAUGAAGACGCUCAGCAAUAUUUCCUGAAUGUGAUGAUAGGAAAUGAUCCCAGUACUUCAGGCAGAGUGAACGUGUACAGUUGUAAAUACAGCUUUCUGUGCCGCAGUAUUGUAGUGGACAGCAUGAAUCGCAUUGCAAAGUUUGAGAUACCUUCUGAGGCUGAAAUAUAUGUAACAACACAAUCAGUCAAUUUCCUUCUGCACACUGUAUGUAUGGUCCCUGUUGAGGAGUUCUCUGUUGAGUAUGCAGAGCCGAAGGUGCGCUGUAUAGCAGCUUAUGGACGGACCCCUGAUCAAAGUCCUUCUUGUAUACAGUCUUCAGUCUAUGAAAAUCCACCUCUGUCUAUACUGCUGGACCCAGUCAAAGAUUCUAGAUAUCCUGGUGGACAGAAGGACAUAAAACAGGAACCUGUCCAUGAAGCAGGCAAUGGAGUAUUGCUUACAUCACAACAGAAUCAGAUCACUUUUGGCAGAAGAAUACCCAAUACAGGGAGGUAUGUCUUCAUUGUCCAUUACUACCAGACUCAGAACCCUGCAUUCCAUGUGUCGGUGCUGGUUAACGGUGGAACACAGUGGUCAGGUAACCUUAACGUCUCAUACUGUCCUCACACUUUUGGAUGUCGAGGACUGGUAAUUGCUGGAAACCGUAUCAGCCUUGAUGUCACUAACUUAGAUCUGUCAGUAACAGUAAAAACUCCUCCAGAUAAGCCGCUACUGCUGGAAUCUGUCCUGCUUGUCCCUGCAGACAACUUCACCCAUGACAUCUUGCAGGAGAAACCACUGGAUAAAUCAUUUGACUUUAUAACUAUAUGUGGAGAAAACAGCUUCUAUAUCGAUCCAUUUUCCUCUCCUGACUUCUGUAAGGACUCUGCAAGAUCUUUAGUGGCAUAUUAUAAUGAUGGGGCAUUACCAUGUAGAUGCCAUGCUGAAGGAUCUAUAAACCCAGUAUGCAAUCCAUUUGGAGGGCAGUGCAGCUGCAGACCUAACACCAUUGGAAGAACUUGUAGCCAUUGUGCUACUGGUUACUAUGGAUUUCCACACUGCAGACCAUGCACGUGUGGUCGUCGCCUAUGUGAUGAAAUAACUGGAAGAUGCAUCUGCCCACCUCAGACAGUGAAACCUACAUGUGAAGUCUGUGUGCAGCAUACAUUCAGUUACCACCCUCUAUUGGGGUGUGAAGGGUGCAACUGUUCAACCACAGGAGUCAUACAGCCAUUUCAGCCAGAGUGCGAUUCUAUAAGCGGACAGUGCAGGUGUAAGUCCAGAAUAUCCGGCAGACAAUGUGACCGAUGUGCCCCUGGUUACUUUCGCUUUCCUGACUGCAUUCCUUGUGACUGCAAUUCAUAUGGGACCGAACCUCAGAUCUGUGACCAUCUCACAGGGGUUUGCCUGUGCAAGGAAAAUACCGAAGGCUCGAGAUGUGAUGUUUGUCGCAGUGGGUCAUUUUAUUUUGACCCUUCAAACGCCAAGGGAUGCAUCAGAUGUUUCUGUUUUGGAGCAACUGACAUUUGCCAUUCAUCCAAUAAACAAUGGAAAAAGUUUGUAGAUAUGAGGUCCUGGAUACUUGAAACAUCAGACCAGACCAGAGUAGAUGUCACCUUUAAUCCAGGAAGUAACAGUGUGGUAGCGGAUGUGCAAGAAUUACCCCUGUCAGUUCAUAGUUUGCACUGGGCGGCUCCUGCAUCAUUCUUGGGAGAGAGGAUUUCUACAUAUGGAGGCUAUCUGACUUACCAGCUGAAGUCCUUUGGCUUACCAAGUGAAGGCAUGGUCCUAUUAGACAAGAGGCCAGAUGUUCUGCUAACAGGCAGACAAAUGACGGUCGUUUAUGUGGAUCCUAACAAUCCUCUGCCAGACAGACAAUACUAUGGACGUGUUCAGCUAGUAGAGAGCAAUUUCCGACAUGCAAGCAGCAACAACCUGGUGUCUCGAGAAGAACUCAUGAUGAUCUUGUCCAGACUGGAAAGUCUGCACAUCCGAGCCUUGUACUUUUCUGAGACUCAGCGCCUCACCCUUGGGGAGGUUGGGUUAGAGGAUGUCACCAUCUCAGGAAGUGGGCGUGUAGCACUGAACGUUGAGAUAUGUGCCUGCCCACCUGAAUACACAGGUGAUUCAUGCCAGGAGUGUGCACCUGGGCACUAUCGGGAGAAUAAAGGCUUGUACUUAGGAAGAUGUGUCCCUUGCAGAUGUAAUGGGCACUCCACACGAUGCCAUGAUGGAUCUGGAAUAUGCAUUAACUGCCAACAUAACACAGAAGGUGACCAUUGUGAACGGUGCAAAGAAAGCUACAGUGGGAAUGCCACCCAGGGUUCAUGCACUUUAUGCCCUUGCCCUCUUCCGGUGGCAUCAAACAGUUUUGCAACAGGAUGUUCUGGAAGUGGCAGAAAUCUUAGGUGUUUCUGUAAACCAGGAUACACGGGGUACAACUGCGGAGAAUGUGCAUAUGGCUAUUAUGGAAACCCUUUAAGGCUUGGUGGCAGGUGCCAACCUUGUAACUGUGGUAACAAUGGCCAAGUGAUGAGCUGUGACCCUCUAACAGGAGAAUGCCUUGAUGAAACUCCCAAAGACAAUGGAAGUGACGACUUAUGUGACAGUUGUGUUGAUACUCUUCUUAUGGACCUUAUGACAAUAAAUGAUGAACUUAACCUAAUAAAGGCCAGGUUACAAAGCAUCAAUGCCACCAGCCGGGCACUGGAACAGAUCAGAGCUCUGGAAGCACGCAUCCGAGAAGUAAAACAACAAUACGACAAUUACAAUAGUAAACUCACAAAUCAGCGCCUGAAGGUGAACAACCUGGACACAGAAACAAACGCUCUCAAAGGGCAGAUAGCAGGUCUGUUGGAAAAGGCUGAAAUUAAUUCUAAAAAAUAUGAAAGCAUCAUGAUGAAUGCUGAUGAUACAUUCCGCAAUGCCAGCCGCAUGCUGCUGACCAUAGACCUCCUCAUGAAGAAUAUUAACAUUCUUAUUAAGAAUGUUGGUAAUGCACAAGGUGGUGUAUCACCCCCACAAGAAGUAUCUAAGAACAUGGCUGAAGCUCAGCGCAUGUUAAAUGAGAUGCGGAAACGCAGCUUUAAUGCACAGAAAAAAGAAGCAGAAUUGGAGAAAGAGGAAGCCAAAUCCUUGCUCAACCGAGUGAGGAACCAAUUCCAGAAGCACCUGGAUCAACAUAAGGACCUUAUACGAGAGAUCACUAAGUCAAUAAAAGAUUAUGAAGCAAAAUUAAAUGAUCUCCGAGAUGCACUGGGUGAAGCAUCUGGACAGACUAAGCAAGCAAAUGACUUGAAUAAACAAAAUGCAAUGACCCUUGAAGACAUCAAGAAAAGAGUUGAAGAGUUGAAAAGACAACAAAAAGAGGCAGCAAAGCAUCUGAAGGCAGCGGAGACGAGUCUGGGGCAGACUGGCACUCUGGUGAAUUUACUGCAGAGGAGUAAAGAGGAAUAUGAGAAGCUGGCUGCACAGAUGGAUGGCGCUAAGCAGGAACUAACUGGGAAAGUUAACAAUCUCUCCAAAGCAGCCAGUAAGGAGCCAUUGGUGAUACUGGCAGAAAAGCAUGCACAGUCCCUGCAGGAUCUGGCCAACCAGCUUUUGGAAAUUAAGAAGAACACCAGCGAUCAGGAGCUGGUGCGCUGUGCUGUUGAUGCUGCCAAUGCUUAUCAGGAUAUUAUCAAUGCCAUAAAAGCUGCAGAAGAUGCUUCAAAGAAAGCAAAGACCGCAGCCGACUCUGCUCUGACAAAAGUACAAAGUGAGGACCUGCCAGGAAAAGCCAAAAAAUCUCUGACAGACUCUGAAGCACUACUGGAUGAGGCCAAGAAAACACAGAAAUCACUAGCAGAUGUGAACCCCCAGCUUGAAGACAUAAAGGACAGAUUGACAGAGGCCACAGAUAAAAAAAAUAGGCUGUCAGGCGACCUUUCGGCUGUUAAGAACAGUAUCAAUGGCAUUAAAGGAGAUGACAUAGAGAACAUGAUCAAUAAUGCUAAGGGCUUAGUUGCCACUGCCAAUACAAUUACCAACAAUGUCCAAGCGGAAUUACAACCCAUCAAAGAAGAUGUGGAAAACCUUAAGGGUACAGUUGGAACGGCGCAAAAUGCUAAUUUCAAUGAAGCUCUGAAGGAAGCGAGCAACUCUGUUUUGAAGCUAAGUGGAAGUCUGCCCGAUGUCUUUGAGGCUAUGAAUCGCAUCAAUAGUCUUGUGCCCUUAGGAAAUAUUUCUGAGAGUGUGAGUCGGAUAAGAGAGCUCAUUCAGCAGGCACGAGAUGCAGCAAAUAAGGUGGUUGUACCAAUGAGGUUCGAUGGCAAUUCAGGAGUGGAAGUUCGACCGCCAAGCAAUCUCGACGACUUAAAAGCCUACACUUCACUUUCAUUCUUCCUUCAAAGACCACAAAGCCGGGGAGACCGCAAAAAACGCCAGCUGUCUGCAAAUAUGUUUGUGAUGUAUCUGGGCAGUAAAGAUACAUCCAAGGAUUACAUAGGAAUAGGUGUUGAAGAUGGCCAACUCAUGUGUAUCUAUAAUCUUGGAGGCAACGUGGCUGAAGUCAGUGUGGAUCAAUAUAUUUCAUCUAAUAAGGCAGAUGAGGCAAUAUUGGACAGAGUUACUUUAGAAAGGAUCUACCAAUAUGUUACUCUGAAUUACACAAAAUCAUAUACAUCCAGUAAUCCAGACCCAACCAAAACCUAUACAACCAACACGCUGGGAAACACGCUGCUCAAUCUGAAUGCUGAGGAUGUUGUGUUCUAUGUGGGAGGAUACCCAGAUGACUUCACUCCUCCUCCCAGGUUGAACUAUCCAAAAUACCAGGGAUGCAUUGAGCUGGAUGACAUGAACCAGAAUGCAAUCAGCUUGUACAAUUUCCGAAGGACGUUCAACAUUGAUACAGUCAGAGUUGAGCCUUGCAAAAGAUAUAAAGAAGAGUCAGAAAGAAGUUUCUUUGAGGGUAUUGGCUAUGCCACCAUAUCAUACAACGUUCCCAACAUCAGAUACUUACGAUUUGAGCAAACCAUCCAAACCACCUCAGAUGUCGGCUUGUUAUUCUUUGCAGUAAAAGAGGAAAGUUACAUCAGUGUUGAGAUUGAAGAUGGGAUCUUAGUCCUUAAAUACAAAAUCAAUUCUAAUCCGGAGCAGCAAAAGAAAAAUGUCGCAUUUAAGCGUAUAAAUUCGGGAACAGAAAUCCUUAUUGAGGUGCUGGUAGCACCCAAUGAUAAAUUAAUACGUAUACGUCAAGAUCGGGAAGUCCUAAAUGCUAGUAAUGUGGAUGCAUUUACCUUUGGCACAUACUAUUUGGGUGGAGCCCCCACAGAACUAAGAGAAAAGUUUAAUAUCAAUACUCCACCUUUCCGUGGAUGUGUUAAAAAUGUAAAGACCCCUGUGAGUGCAGCAUCAUUCAAGGAAACCUACGGCGUCAGCAGGAGAUGUUACAGUGAAUGGAGCACUAUUCGCUCUGCAAUGUUCUCUAAUGGAGGAACACUUGGACUGAAGCCAGAUGGGUUCUCCUUCCCUGGGGAUUUUCAGGCAUCAUUUGGCUUCCAGACUCCUCAGGUCGAUGCCAUGUUGCUAAAUCACAAAACCCAGUCUGAUGAAUUACACGUUUCUCUAGAGGAUGGAACCGUAACUGUAACUACAACCAACUCAAAUAUCAACUUGCGAUCCAGGGACAAGUACAGUGAUGGAAAGCUUCACUACGUGUCUGUAAUAAGAAACAAUAAUGAGUAUCAGCUCUUGGUUGAUGACAACGAAGAAACAGAAAAUACUGAAAGCUCCAGGAGGCCUGGAUAUUCACCCACUGACAUAUAUAUCGGAGGGAACGGCUUCAAGGGCUGUAUGACAAAUGUUUUUAUUAGAAGAGCAUUACAAUAUCCUACUGUUCAGAACCUUUUUGACAACACUGAGAAGAAUAAAGUGUCACUGGGAAUGUGCACCCCGGAAGAAGCCCCCCUGCCUCUGAUAUUACGUGAACACAGACAGUCUCUCAAUCUCAGACUCAAUGAUAUUGAUUUGCAGUCGGGCCUGGACAUUAGGAACAAUCUACUGAAUGCACAAACUCAUCUGAAGAACUCACAAGGCUGUGCGUCUCACUCAAACUUCACAUCUAACCUGAGGUCCUAUAGAUUUGGGGACUCUCCAGCAAGUCACUUGGUCUAUGAUUUGAGCAAGCAGAGUUUCAAGGAGAGGUCAUACUUCUCAUUGGACGUUCAGACUGAACAAUCUUCUGGCUUAAUUUUCCUGAUGACAAAUAAAGAGGAGUCCAGCUAUCUGGCCCUUCAUAUAUCCAAGGGCCGUUUUGUGUUUUCCUUGGGCACCAAAGACAACAAACUUAAAAUAAGAAGCCAAGACAAAUACAAUGAUGGGAAGUGGCAUACAGUUGCUUUCAGCUGGGAUGGGACCAAUGGUCGGCUUGUCAUUGGUGGUCUUAAAGCCCGCAAAGGAAGUCUACCAAAACACAUGAGCUUAGAGAAUAUGUCACUUCUCUACCUUGGAGGUGUCCCUUCUCUGAAAGUUCAGGGAAUGCCCAAAAAAAGCUUUAACGGCUGCUUGAAAAAUGUGAAACUAAAUGAGGCGAUGUUAGAUAGACCUUCCAGAAUCGUUGGGGUCACUCCUUGCCACCAUGGCACUUAUGAGACAGGAGUGUAUUUUGCGCAGGAUUCAGGACACGUGGCUGUGGACAAUGCUUUAAACUUGGGACAUGAGUUUGAAAUAUCUUUCGACAUCCGACCACAAGGUCACGAAUCUGUUCUAUUACACACAAGAGAAGGAAAAGAAAAUAGACUAAGCCUUUACAUAGACAAUGGGAAGGUUAUUUUGUCUAUAGCCAACAAUGAGGGUAAUUACCAGGCUUCCGUUACCCCUGUUCCAUUACUUUGUGAUGGAAAAUGGCAUACUAUAACAGUAAGUCAAAAAGCAAAUUCAGUGCAGCUGAAUGUAGACAACCAGUCCAAAAACACAGCUGGCCCCAACUCUGCACUAAGAUCCAGCAAAGAUGCCACAUUGUACAUUGGGGGAAUCCCAGAUGCCUUGGAAACACAGUGGCUUCCUGUGAAGAGAUCAUUUGUCGGCUGUAUGAAGAACCUGAAAGUCAAUAAGAAAGACGUCAACUUUAGUAAAAUAACAGACAUCAAUGGUGCUAUCAGCCUAAGCAGGUGUCCUGCAGCAUAAGCGUCACGUAUAAAUUGUGUAUCACUCACCAGGGAACAUACGUGGAUAUAGAUCUGUUAAGAAGUGCUAUGCCGACGUGUUUCCAUCUUAUCUCCCAUUCACUAGAUUGUAAAAAAAAAAAGUGUUGUUCAUACUUCUCAUCUGUUCAUUUGUGGUUUGUUUAAAAGUCAAUCUAAAAUGCAGCUACCUCAGUUAGAUUGUAUGUUUUUACAAUUAAAGUGGUGAUACAAUAUGAUGUUUGAAUUGUCAUAGAAAUUACAUGUUUGUGGUUAUAGGUAAGUGAUGGUCUAUAGAAAAAUAUAAUGGUAGUAGAUACUCAUAAAACUGUUAUAACAAAUCAACAUUACUUGAGAUGGAACAAAGAAAGGCCAAAUGUACAGAUGAUCAAGAUAGUCCAAAUACAUGGAAAACGAUCCCUGCACCUUAAAGGGGUACUCCAGUGGGAA